AUGCCGGUGACCAUACGUCGCCUUCUCACGGCCACUCUCAGAACCCCAAAUAUUAUCUCUCAUCCACGCCCAGCUCUCUCCUCUCGCCAUGUACUCCCCCAACCCUUAUUUCCGCUCACCCACCCGUCACUCUACCACCGCCUCCUGUCCUCCUCAUCCACCGAAAACCCUAACCCACCAAACCCGCUCAGAACCCGAACCCCACUAGAAAAGCAAUUCGAGACAUGGGUCCAUAAGCUCAAACCCGGGUUCGGGCCACUCGAAGUCAAGGAGGCCCUGCAAGCCCAAUCGGACCCGGAUCUCGCCCUCGACAUUUUCCGGUGGACUGCCCAGCAGCGCAACUACAAGCACAACCAGGCCACCUACCUCACCAUGGUCAAAAUCCUAAUCAACGGCAAGAGGUUCAGGCAGGCCGAAACCCUAGUGGAAGAGGUAAUCGCCGGAGCUUGUGAAAUUAGCGUGCCUCUUUAUAAUUCCAUGAUUCGAUUUUGCUGCGGAAGAAAGAUGCUUUUCAAUCGUGCGUUUGAUAUUUAUAAGAAAAUGUUGAACUCUGAGGAUUGUAAACCCAAUCUUGAAACUUAUGCUCUGCUAUUGAACUCAUUGCUUAGGAGGUUUAAUAAUAUGCAUGUGUGCUUUGUGUACCUGCGUGCCGUGCGGUCUUUAUCGAAGCAAAUGAAGGCGUGUGGAGUGAUUCCUGAUACUUUUGUGUUGAAUAUGAUCAUAAAGGCUUAUUCAAAGUGUUUGGAAGUUGAAGAUGCAAUGCAGGUUUUUCGCGAAAUGGGAUUGUAUGGGUGUGAGCCGAAUGCUUAUACUUAUGGUUACAUUGCUAAAGGGUUGUGUGAGAAGGGGAGGGUAGGUCAGGGUUUAGGGUUUUAUAAGGAGAUGAGAGGAAAAGGGUUGGUGCCUACCAGUAGUACAUACAUGAUUGUGAUUUGCAGUCUCGCUAUGGAACGGAGAUAUGAUGAUGCGAGUGAGGUUGUGCUUGAUAUGUUGAGUAAUUCCAUGUCUCCUGAUUUGUUAACUUAUAAAACGUUAUUGGAAGGAUUGUGCCGGGAUGGGAAGGGUUCCGAGGCGUUUGAUCUACUAGAGGAUUUCAGGAAAGGGGAUAGUAAGAUGGGUGAAAAAACUUACAAGACUUUGUUAAAUGCAUUGCAUUUUGUAAAUGGGGAGUAA